AUGACCAGAUCAGUAAACGUGGCAAUUAUCGGCUCCGGAGUCGUAGGCUCGGCAUUUAUCACCCAGUUAGCCAACUUGCAAACGAAAAAUCUUGCAUUCAACACCAUCUACUUGGCGAGAUCAUCAAAAGAAGCCCUCUACAACACCGACUACAAGCCCGUCGAUUUGUUCACUUACAAACAAGAGCCAGCUAAACCUGUCUUGGGCUUGGACGAAUUGACCACGUUCUUGGUGGGAGCACACAGGCCCACGAUCUUGAUUGACAACACCUCAAAUGAAACCAUUGCGAACCACUACCCGCAAUUCAUCAAAGCCGGCAUCUCGAUCGCUACCCCCAACAAAAAGGCAUUUUCCUCGGCAUUGCAAACUUGGAACGAUAUCUUUUCCGCAGCAGAGCAAGACGGCGCAGGCUUGGUCUACCAUGAAUCCACCGUUGGCGCGGGCUUGCCUAUAAUUGGCCCGCUCAAAGACUUGGUCCUCACGGGAGACAGAGUCGAAACCAUCGAAGGGAUCUUUUCCGGCACGCUCUCUUACAUCUUCAACCAGUUCUCGACGCCGGAAGCUUCGAAAGUUGCAUUUUCCGAUAUCGUAACCACGGCCAAGAGCUUGGGAUACACCGAGCCCGACCCAAGAGACGACUUGAACGGGUUGGACGUGGCUCGAAAAGUGACCAUCUUGGCGCGUAUAUCCGGGUUCGAAGUUGAAAGUCCAACGAGUUUCCCCGUGGAGAGCUUGAUCCCUAAGGAAUUGGAGAGCGUCGCUAGCGCCGAUGAGUUCUUGCAAAAGUUGCCCGAGUUUGACGCCCAGAUCCAACAGUUGAAAGAUGAUGCUUUCAACAAUGGCCAAGUGUUGAGGUUUGUUGGCAAGGUUGACCUUAAAAACAACAAGGUUUCGGUUGAGAUUGGCAAGUACCCUUUCGACCACCCUUUUGCUUCGUUGAAAGGCAGCGACAAUGUCGUGGCCAUCAAGAGUCAUAGAUACCCUAACCCAUUGAUCAUUCAAGGUGCAGGUGCUGGAGCUGAAGUGACUGCGCACGGUGUUUUGGCUGAUGCUAUUAAGAUUGCAGAGAGAAUUGCUAACUAG